AUGUGGCAUAAGGGAGUUGCUCGGCUCCCGCAGAUUGCCGUGCUAAGUCGGGAGUUCCAGCUGUUCCUGCGGAGCUCAGCCUGGCUGUGGGGACGGCGCCGGGGCAGAGGCACAGACCCAGUCUCCAGCUCCAGCCUCGCCUCUCGUCUGUCUCACCUCAGCACCACGAUGGAGCCCAACAGCCCCAAAAAAAUCCAGUUUGCUGUGCCCCUGUUUCAGAGCCAGAUAGAUCCCGAGGCAGCUGAACAGAUCAGGAAAAGAAGGCCUACACCAGCAUCACUCGUCAUCAUGAAUGAACACAUGCCCCCAGAAAAAGAUGAGAAGAGAACAAACAUCUCACAGGCAGAGUCGCAGAGCGCCUCUCCCAAGCAGAGGAAGCAGAGUGUCUUCACCCCUCCUGCGCUCAAAGGGAUUAAGCAUCUGAAGAGUCAGAGUGACUCAGUGUUUCCAGAAGAAGAGGAGGGGGUUGGCGAGAGGGAAGAGGAGUGGGGCCAUUAACCAGCACAAGGCGGCAGAGCCCGGUCCCGGAGAGUGACAGAGCUGCCCCUUGGCCCCGUCAUGCCCUGCCUGCUCCUGUGUCCAGGGGGCUCUGCAGGCACUGCACACGUGUCCAGUGACCCUUCUUCCUGGAGACAAAACAGUUAUUUUAAAGUCCUUUUUUCCUUUUCUUUUCUAUCACUUAGAAAUGUUAUUCGCAAAUGUGUUAGCUCCCUGACGUCAGUACUGCCAGAGCUUAACUACUGCGUGUGAGCUGUAUCUAAGGCUUGUUGUAAAUAAAGGUGAUUUAAAAGGUACAAAAUAAAUAAUACAUUAAUUUAGACAAGAUUGUCUAUUGUACAGAGGGUUUGUCUUGCUACAGAGAAAUGUUCAUAUAAAAUGAUCCUUUCAGUUAAGGGCAGUUUUUACCAUUGUUGGAAAAGUUACUUGCAUUGAUGUGGACAGAAGAAAGGUAACAAAGUAAGCAGAGGUGACUGUCUAGAGAAUGAUGCAAAGACACUCUUCCCUAUGUUCCCUGGGUAUGUGACACUUAAAUACUUGUCUUGAUUUUGGUCUGACGCUGCCUUGUCACAGCAGCCAAAAGGACUUCUCUCUACACAAGAUCUCUGUUAUCUGGAGGUAUUCAGUGUGGGAGUGAGGAGCACGGGCAUGUGCAAGGCCUGGGAGCAAGGUCCCAGCCCCAGCUGAGCCAUGGGAAGUGCCACAUCCCCCCUUGUCACCUGCAGCAAGGACAGGUCACAGCCUUCCUGCCCUGCACCCAGCUCAGCCUGAGCCAGUGACUGACAGCACAGCAAGCUGCACGAAUGCACUUGUGUCUGAGUCCCGGGGUUUUGGCUGAAGUCAGCAUGGUUCAUUUUCAUCUUUUAGACCAUGCAAACCGUAUGGCAUGAAAUGGAAUAAGGUAGAGAAGGAAAACGAUGUUUCUUCAGAGUGACACUUAAGAGAUUAUUUCAAUUUUCCAGUCAAUGGUAGAUUUUUAAAUUAAUUCGCUGUCAUUUUAUAUUAACUGUUUGCCUUUGAUAUUUUAUCCUCAGUUUAACUUUUCACUGCUGCAAGGCUCUUUUAAAGGGUUGUGCUAAAAAAAAAUUAAAAAAAUAAAAAGAAAGAAGGGAUGAAAUAUAGGAAAACACAGAGCCUUUUGUCUAUGCCUUGCAUGCUGAUUUCAGUCUCAAUCUGAGGUCUUCUACGAAGACCUGCUAAGAACAGGAUCUGUCAACUAGUGUUUCUUUAUAUCUGAGAGCCAUUUUUUUCCCUCCGUCUGUAUCUCUGUAUCUGUCCUCUUUGCUUCCAGUUUCUGUAGAAACACUGCAGACAGGAUCCACGACUCCAGCUCAGCAAGGGUGUGCAAGAAGGACUAAAGAAGGACUCUGCAAUUAUACAGGAGCCACUACAGGACCUACAGGACUGAGAGCUUUUUAUGCCCCAAACAAGUAAAAGAAGGAAAUGACCCUUCAAAAACCGUUUGAGUGGCCCCAAGUCAGGACUGGAAUGGCAGCAAGAAGAGCUGGGCUCAGGUCCCAGCUUUGCCAUGGCUUUGCUUUCACACAGCACCAGGCUCUUCACAAAAUUGCUUGCUGCCACAGUACUCCUAAGGUGUGAAUCAGACGUUGGUGUUUAACCUCACACCAUCUCUCUGUGUUGCUAGCUAAUAAAGCACUUUGGAUAUUAAUGGCUUUUUGCUGGUUAUUAGUACCCACAGGCUGCAGAUGAGAAGUGUCCAGAACUCCUGAGCAAAAGGAAGGACGGACAUGAUUUAUAACGCUCGACAUCCGGACAAGGUAUUGAACACUGUGGAAUCUCAGCAACACACAAAGCACCUGGUGGGAGCUUGGAGAAUUCAUCACUGAACAUGCUGUUUCAGGUUGACUGUUGGACCCGAGUAUAAUUACACUUUAUAAAUAAUAGGGAAAAAAAUCCCAUCCAGAUUUAGUUUGGACUGUAUUUGACUUACAGAAUGGUAUAUGUUGUUUAUUCUCAAGGUGCAAAAUCAGAUAAUACUUAAGUAGGUAUUAAGAGUCAAGAUUUAAAACUCCUUUCUAAAGCAUUCUGAAGUAUGCUCUCUAAAGCAUACUUUCCACAGAAGUCAGAGGAAUUCUGCUUGAGAAAGACCACAGGUUUUGGCUGAAACAUAUUUUCCUUUGGGGAAAUACAAAUGUAGUGUACAGGAGAACUUAUAUUAUCCUGCCAUCAAUUCCAUCAAUUUAAUUAUUGGA